AUGAUAUCUACAUGCUUAUUUAUAUUACUUCUAGUCGCUAAAGAUUGUUCUAGUCAAGAUGACACAGGACCCUACAGGGGAAAAUAUAUAGGAAAGUUAAAUUCUUAUCACCAUCAGGUGUCAGGUGAAGUGUAUGCAAUAGAUGAUUGGACAAUUGUAAUAGUUGAUUUCAACUAUGAUGGUACAGGGGAUGACACAUUCUUCUGGGCUGGAGACUCUGGUCGUCCCGGACCUUUGGGCUUCAUUGUUCCAGAUCAGAACGGCAAGACCAACAUCCUGGAGCGCUACAACAACGAGGAGGUGCGGCUGCGGCUGCCGGAGGGCAAGCGCGUGUCGCGCGUCACGUGGCUGGCCGUGUACGACCUGGCGUCGCAGAACGCGUUCGGCGACGUGUACGUGCCCGAGCAGUUCGAGGCGCCGGCGCCGCGCGCGCUCACGCCGCUCGUGCCCGCGCCCGCCGCCGCCGCGCGCGUCGCCAGCAAGCCCGUGCUCUUCCUCGACGCCAACACCUUCAUAAUCCCGGAGUUCCACUUCGACGGCAGCGGACCCGACGAGGAGGUGUACUUCUGGACCGGCGUGGGCCCGCAACCCUCCUCGCGCGGCUUCAAGAUACCCGACGAGGACGGAUACCUGGAGCCGGUGCGCGCGUACUCGGGCGCGGACGUGCGGCUGUCGCUGCCGGGCGCGCGCAGCGUGUUCGAGGUGGACUGGGUGGCGCUGUGGGACGCGCGCGCGCGCCGCGCGCUGGCCGCCGCGCUCGUGCCUGACGCGCUCAACGUGCCGCCCGCGCGCGCGCGCCGCCACGCGCACCGCGCCGCGCUGCCGCGCUGCCGGCAGCUGCACCGCGACCUGCAGGUGGCCUGGGAGCUGUUCGGCAGCCAGCUCACCGUGCAGCUGGCGGGCGCCGUGGCCGAGCACGAGUACAUGGCCUUCGGCGUGUCAGGCUCGGCGACGCGCUCCGCCAUGCUGGGCGCGGACGUGGCGGUGGCGCGCUGGGACGCGCGCUCGCGCCGCGGGCUGGCGGGCGACUACAACGUGUCGGCGACGGCGCCGUGCGUGCAGGUGCUGGGCCGCUGGGCCGGCGUGUGCCGCGACGACGCGCUCGGCGGCCUCGACUCCAACCAGGUGUUCAGCGCCUCGCGCGAGGACGGCCUCACCGUCGUCAGCUACCGCCGCUCGCUGCAGCCGGCGGAGGACAUGGACCGCGAGUGGCCCACGGAGCGCGCCGCGUUCGUGGUGUGGGCCGUGGGCGCGCUGGACCACGCCGGCGAGCCCGCCUACCACCGCCUGCGCCCCGCCGCCGACGUGCAGCUCGUGCUGGCCGGCGCCGCCGCCGACCACGGCGACGACUGCUUCGACUUCGUCAUAGAGGAGCGGCCGCAGCCGGCGGCGUGGGAGCGCGCCGAGCUGUUCGACCCCGCGCUGCGCGUGUUCCGCAUGACGCUGGGGCCGGCGGGCGGCGCGCGCGGGCUGGCGGCGCGCGGCGCGGGCGCGGCGCCGCAGCUGGCGUGGUACGUGAACGGGCAGCUGGCGCCUGAUCUGCAGCUGCGACGUGGCCUCGCCUACACGUUCCUGGUGAGCGGCGGCGCCGACCCGCACUCGGCCACGCUGUACCACCCGCUGGUGCUGGGCGCGGCGCCGCACGGCGGGCUGGAGCGCCUGCGCGACGCGGAGCAGCGCGCGGCGGCGGCGCGGCUGCUGGCGGGCGCGCGGCUGGGCCGGCGCGGGCGCGCCCUGCCGGCGGCGGCGGGCGCGCUGUGCCUGGGCGCGCCGCCGCCCGCCGCGGACCCGCGCCGCGCGCCGCCCGACAGCUUCCGCGCGUACAACCGGUCGCUGGCGUGGCGCUGCGAGCCCGGCGCGCCGGCGCGCCUCACCGUCACGCCCAACUCCUCGUGGCCGGACCGCGUCUACUACAACUCCUUCACGCACGCAGACAUGGGCGGGCGCAUCUUCGUGGUGGACCGCCACCGCCGCAACAUCGCGCGCGCCGCCGCCGCGCGCCCGCCCGCCCCCGCCUCCGCCGCCGCCGCGCUCGCCGCCCUGCUGCUCGCCGCACUCUACAGGAUA